UCACACGCAAUUUCUUGGUCGCUUCCUCUCUCUCUCUCUCUCUCUCUCUCUCUCUCUCUCACACUCGCACACACUCGCCUUUUUAUCUCUCUCCCUCAUCCUCUCUCCUUCGUCGUCUUCAAUCUCUCUGUGCGUGUCUGUCUGGGGGUUUCAAUUUGACCUAAUUGAAUUCAAGGCUGUUUUUGUAAUUCCCCCCCCCAUAUCGGAAUGGACUCUGAUUCGUGGAGCAAUCUGUUCUCGUCCUCGAACGCGAGGCGGUACCAAUCUCGAUCCGAUCUGUUCGGACACGAGGAAAUAGAGGGAGACGAUGAGAUAAAGGCUGAGUUUUUGUGCCCCUUUUGCGCGGAGGAUUUCGAUGUCGUUGGGCUUUGUUGUCACAUCGAUGAGGAACAUCCCGUCGAGGCUAAGAAUGGGGUCUGUCCAGUUUGUGCAAAGAGGGUGGGAUCAAAUCUUGUCACCCAUAUUACCACACAACAUGGGAGUUUGUUAAAGGUUCAGCGCAAAAGGAAAUUUCGCAGGGGAUCUAAUUCGACAUUUUCAAUAUUAAGGAAAGAGCUGCGAGAAGGAAGUCUACAGGCCCUUCUGGGAGGUUCUUCAUUCCCAUUUUCUUCAAAUACGGAACCUGAUCCUUUGUUGUCUUCUUUUAUAUACAAUGCACCUGAUGAACGUGUGAGUGAACCACCCCAUCCUUUAGUCGAAGCACCUUUCAUGAAGGAAAGCACAAAAGAGGAGUCCUCAGAAAGAAUUGCUCAACAGCCACCUCUAUCAACUAAAGACCAAGAGGAGAAGGCUCGGAAGUGUGAGUUUGUUCAAGGAUUGCUGAUGUCCACCAUUCUUGAUGAUUUAUGAGUUAGAAGCGUCUAGCAGAUAUGGCCAAUCCUAAAUUAGGACCCAGAGCCGUAGUGUCGCGCGGAUAAAAGAUGGUGGUUCUAUUUAUGUAACAACUGGUACUAGUUAGAACAGAACAACCAUGUAUUUGUAUUGUACUUAGUUUAUGUGGAUAAUGGAAAUAACAACUUAUCGUUUUGGUGUUA